AUGUCAGUAUCAUCAGUAUCCCGUGUUGUUGACACUAUUACUGAAUGUCUAUCCCUGGUUCAAUCAGACUCAAUUGAAGUUCAGGAGAAAGCUCUUCAAACGUUGGCUUCCAUCACCAAGGUUAGUCCCCAAAACAGAACCAUGCUAGCUCAAACAGAUAAUGCCAUCCCAACAUUAGCCUCGCUAACAAACUCUUCCUCCCCUGUCAUCCAGACACUUUCCUUGUUAACCCUCUUCAACCUAUCCCUCAAUCCUGAUUUGAAGCAAUCUCUUGCUGACAUGGAAACCAUUCACUACCUCAAUUCCCUCAUCACCUCAACAAGUUCCCUUGAUUCCUCCAAAUUGGCCUCCUCGCUGAUUUGCAGCUUGGCCAUGCAUGACAAAAACAAGGCCAAAUUUGGGGUGGCAGGCACAGUUCAGUUGCUAGUGAAAGCCAUUGAAGGUUCUCAUGAUGCACACCACCUUUUGAGUUCUUUGGCUGAGCUUGUUCAUUUUCAUGGAAAUUGCACUUUGGCCGUGAGAGCUGGGGCAGUGCCAGUGCUACUUCGAGUUGCGAAGGGCACUGAUAAUGAGGACUUGGCUGGAACUUCUCUUGCUGUUCUUAGUCUCCUUGCGAGGUUUGAUGAAGGGUUGAAUGGUUUAAAGAGAACGGAUGAGAUUGUUAAGGCAAUGCUGAGUGUGAUGAAAGGGAGGUCCUUGUUGAGUAAGGAGGGUGCAGCUGAUAUCCUUAUUCGCCUUUUUGAUGACAGUGAAGAUUGUGCCAUGGAGGCUUUGAUGUUGUCCGAAUUUUCAUCCGUGUUGGCUGAUCUUUGUGUCAGGGGUUCCGUGAGAGUUCGAGACAAGGCGGAUUUCUUGAUGAAGAAGAUGGCAAAGCUGAGCUUGGACUCUGAUAUGGAAGCUUGCUCCCUGCAUGGUUAA